CGCGGGGAAGUGGGCGGGGUGACAUCGCGGAAAAAGCGAACGUGGUCCCGCCUCCAUCACAACGCCACACCGACCGGAAUCUUCACGGAGGCGCAGCGAGAAAGAAACACCGGCAGAAGGAGCUCCGGAGGCGCCGGAGAGAUGGCCCAUGCCAACAUCUCGGUGACGGAGAGACAGUUCCGGUGUCCCAUCUGCCUGGACAUCCUGAAGGACCCGGUGUCCAUCCCGUGCGGACACACCUACUGCAUGGCGUGCGUCAGCGGCUACUGGGACCAGGCGGAGUCCGGACACUUCAGCUGCCCGCAGUGCCGGGAGGCGUUCAGCCCGCGGCCGGUGCUGCGCCGGAACACGGUGCUGGCCGAGGUGGUGGACAAGCUGAAGGUGAGCGAGGCGGUGACGGCGCCGCCGGAGCUCUACCUGGGCGGAGCCGGCGAGGUUCCUUGCGACUUCUGCCCGGCAGAGGGCAGGCUGCGGGCGGUGCGCUCGUGCCUGGUCUGCCUGGCCUCCUUCUGUGAGCCGCACGUGCUGCCGCACCGGGAGGUGAGCACGCUGCGGCGGCACAAGCUGGUGGAGGCGGUGGACAGUCUGUCGGAGCGGCUGUGCGCGCAGCACCGCCUCGGCCUGGAGCCGGAGGGCGGCGGCGGCGGUGGAGCCGAGUGGUGCGGAGACUGUCUGCUGUGCGAGGCCGACCGGGAGGAGGCGCACGGAACCGAGGCGCAGAGAGCCAGGAGACAGGUGCAGCUCCAGGAGUCUCAGAAGAUGGUUCAGGGAAGGAUCCAGAGUGGGGAGAGAGAGCUAGAGGAGUUUCAACAAAACCUGGAGACCCUGAAGGUGUCGGCCUCAGCUGUCCUGGAGGACAGUGAGGCUCUGUUUGCUGAUAUGGCUCUACGUCUGGAGAAAACCAAGGCAGAGGUUCGUGCAAGGCUGGAGGCGAGGGAGAGAGCUUUGGUGGGAAGAGCCGAACGAGACAUCGAGAUGCUUGAAAAAGUGGAGGAGCUGAAGAAGAGAGACGAUGAGUUCAGUCAGCUUCUGCAAAUGGAGGACAACGCCCAUUUUCUACAGGUGGCUCCCCUGCUGUGCAUCCCUCUGACCACCAGUCGGCACUCCAGAUCCCCGAGUCUGCCCGUAGAGACCUUCAGCGCCGCCAGAGGAGCGCUGUGCCACCUCCGCAGCCGCAUAGAGGAGGUCUGCAGGGAGGAGGUGGACAAGAUCAGCCGUGCAGUUAACGAGAACUAUGUGUCCGGUGGAGAGUGUGCAAAAGGUGGUGGAAGAGCGGAGAUGCCCAAACCUCAGCAAACGAAACCUAAACUGUCUCGGUGGUUUAAUCCCAUGAGGGCGGCGCCGGCGUCAUUUUUGCUGUCAUCUUUGUCUCUGCAGCCGGGAGAUCAGAGGAUGAGAGCGGCUUUUCUCAGGUAUUCAUGUCAUCUGUCCUUUGACCUUGACACGGCUCACCCAACCCUGGUUCUGCUUGAGGCGCUCCAGGGGGCGCACUGCGGUGAGGAGCCACAGCCGUACCCCCCUCACCCUCAGCGCUUUGACUCUGUCGCACAGGUCCUCUGCAAGGAGGGCCAGAUGGGCACCGCCAGCUACUGGGAGGUGGAGUGGCGUGGUGGAGGUUGGGUCGACAUCGGCGUUACCUACCGCGGCAUCGGACGUAAGGGCGGUGGAAAGCCCUGUCUGCUGGGACGCAAUGAGAACUCAUGGCGGCUUAGGUGUACACACACUGGGUAUGCUGCCUGGCACAACAACCGAAAGACCACGGUGGCUGCGCCACCCUGCCCCAGGAUCGGAGUGUUGCUGGAGCGCCACAAGGGGGCGCUGACCUUCUACAGUGUUUCGGACACAGUGCUGCUGCUCCACACUUUCCGCUGUCCAUUCACUCAGCCGCUUUAUCCGGCCUUCCGCCUGGACCUGGACUCCACCCUAUUGCUCUGUCCUCAUGAGGGAAGAAACCCGACCUAGCCCUGCCCCCCAUGUCCCAACA